CCAGACAAUAAUAGAAAUUAUCGUGUAUUUAUGCUGUAAAAUGUCGAGCGCGAAGAUCAUCGAAAACCCAGAAAUACCGGGUUUGGAAUGCUUCUUGCCGCCACCUCCGCCGCCACCUCCCGUGUUACCGAAAAGCGUGCCGGAACAGCAACCGGUAACUACAGAGGCGACAACGACCGGUGAAACCGUGAUCAAUUUAACCACGGUAGAAACUACACCGUUUCCAAAUGUUCCCGUGCCAACACCGUACAUCAUGCAUCCGACGAUGCAACCGCAAACACCUGGACAACCGGCUACUCCCUGGUGGUUACCUACGGACGCGGACUCUUCCGAUCUCUACGGAAGGUGGUACGAGACGACUUACAAAGCGGCGGCCGCCACGAUCGCCACGCCGACGAUACAAGUGACCGGCAAAGCCAAGAACAAAUAUUACAAACGCAAGAACGAGUUAAUCGAUCCGGCGCAGGACGCAGAGAAAGUCGCGAGCGCCCAGAGGGAACUGUCGGCACUAAUGAAACCGCUGAAAUGCGAUCUAUGCAACGCAGUUAUGAACUCGACGCUGCAGGCGAAGUUGCAUUACGACGGAAAACCGCACCAGAAGAAGGUGUCCAUGUUCCUCAACCAAAGCGUGAAGAAACAGAAAACCGAGGACGGGCAAGUCAGUAGCACGACCAACGACUGGCAAAAUUACUGCGACAUUUGUAAAACGUGGUUCACGUCGCAAACGGACGCGACGCAACACUAUGCCGGCAAAAAGCAUAUCAGAGCAGCGAACGGUGGACGACGAUCGAGGCCGUCGAAGAAGUCGCAAAAUCAAAAUCAGUACAGUCAAAUAGAUCCUACCAACCGAUUCGGGAUAGGAUUGGCUUUUCAGGCUGAAACGCAAUCCACGACUGCACCCGUGCAACCGGUUGUACCAGAAGGUGCCAUGUCGCAAACGGUACCGACCACGGUAGCACCGGGGGCAGGCGUGGGACCAGGAGUAGCAGCAGGAGUAACGGGAGGAGGAACCAUUUAUACACCACCAACUUACCCCACACCGCUACGUUGCGAUUUGUGCGGGGUUUCCGCCAACCGACAAGAUCAAUUGGAAACGCACAAGCGUGGUGCCAGACAUCUGAGGAUGCUCAGAUUGAACGGGUUACCUGUACCCGAACCUGGUAAGAAUUCGGAACGAACGUUACCCGAGCAGAUUCGUUUUUGGAGAAAGUCGCGAGCGCCCAGAGGGAACUGUCGGCACUAA